AUGGUAAACAGGCCUUCUUUUGAAAUUGUUGUCCAAUUUAAAAACCCUAACAAAUCCGCCACCUUUUCCUCAAAGCUCCCAAUUAUUGGAAAUCUCCACCAACUUGGAUUGCUCUCUCACCGCUCCCUCCAAACAUUAGCUCAACAAUAUGGAUCACUCAUGCUGCUUCACCUCGGCAGCAAGCCCGCUCUCAUAGUCUCCUCUGCUGAUGCAGAUGUCAACUUCGCAACCAGACCUAAAUCAAGCAUUCCCAUGAAACUUUUCUGUGACAAGGACAUCGCAUUCGGUUCUUAUGGAGAGUAUUGUAGGCAACUAAGAAGCAUUUGUGUAUUCCAACUUCUGAAUAACAAAAGGGUUCGGUCUUUCCGUAGAGUGAGAGAAGAAGAAACAAGUCUUUUGUUGGAGAAGAUCGAACAGUCUUCUUUUCCUUCAGUAAAUUUAACUGAAAUGUUAAUCUCACUGAUAAAUGAUGUAUUGUGUUGCAUAGUAUUGGGAAAGAAGUACAGUGAACGAGAAGGCGAGAAGAAGUUAAGGGAGUUGUUUAGGGAUUUCAUGGAGAUUUUAUGA